AUGAAAUGCAGAUUGUUUUCUCAACUUUGGCUGGUAUUGGAGCUCUCUGUUUGCUGUUACACCUAUGAUCAAACGUCACUGCCUGAUAUAGAAGACCAGCAGUUUAUACUGGACUGUGUGAAAACUCACAAUAAUUUUCGGUCCAAGGUGAAUCCUUCAGCCAGCAACAUGCAGCAUAUGACCUGGGACCCUGCAUUGGCAAAGACUGCUAAAGCAUGGGCAAAGAAGUGCCACUUUGAUCAUAAUAUCUAUCUCAGAACUCCAGGAAAGGUUCACCCUACAUUUACUCCAGUUGGAGAAAAUAUCUGGACUGGCUCACUGUUUUUGUUCUCUGUAAAAAAUGCAGUGAAAGACUGGUAUGAUGAAGUCAGUUACUACAACUUUGGGAGCAGAGCAUGUACAAAAGUUUGUGGUCAUUAUACACAAGUUGUUUGGGCAACUAGUUAUAAAGUUGGCUGUGCUGUCCAGUUCUGCCAGAGAGUUUCGGGUUUUGAACAUCUCUCCAACGGAGCACAUUUUGUGUGCAACUACGGACCAGCUGGCAAUUAUCCAGUGAAACCUUACAAAACCGGAAGCCCAUGCAGAGAAUGUAACGGAGAAAAGUGUGUAGAUAAUCUCUGUGAGAAUCCAGAGCGCGACCAGUUGCUGAGUUACUCCAAUUGGUCACCAGAUUGGGAUGUACUUGAGGAUGGAACAAAGUCCCCACCCAAAGCUCCUCCCAUUCCACCGAAACACAUUCCUCCAUACCCUACCAGAUUCACACCAACACAGAAGCCACCAUAUUCUGCUCCUUCACCCCCCAGUGCCCCUAUUCCAUCCCAUUCUACAUGUGACUCAUACUGCAUUACUGUGAUAGUACUAAGAUUAUUGUUUAUAUUGUUGACUUUUGGUGCAGUGGCCAUAUUAUCCAAGAAAUAUCCCAAAUUGUUUAUUUAUGAAUAA